AUGACGGUGGUGGAUGCCGAGUCGCGGUUCCAUGUCCUCGCGGUGGACGACAGCAUCGUCGACAGGAAGCUCAUCGAGAUGCUGCUCAAGAACUCGUCAUACCAAGUGACCACGGUGGAUUCCGGGAGCAAGGCGCUGGAGCUGCUGGGGCUCAGGGACGACGGCGCGGAGGACGCGUCGUCGCCGUCUCCCUCCUCCCCUGACCACCAGGAGAUCGAUGUGAAUCUCAUCAUCACUGACUACUGCAUGCCAGGCAUGACAGGAUACGAUCUGCUCAAGAGGGUGAAGGGGUCCUCCUCGCUCAAGGACAUUCCUGUGGUGAUCAUGUCGUCUGAGAAUGUGCCUGCCCGGAUCAGCAGGUGCUUGGAAGAUGGCGCAGAGGAGUUCUUCCUGAAGCCCGUGAAGCUCGCCGACAUGAAGAAGCUCAAGUCACACCUGCUGAAGCGGAAGCAGCCCAAGAAGCCUCAGGCGCAGCCGCAGCAGGUACAGGCGGUGGAGCCUGAGCAGCAGCUGGACCCGCACACGCAGCCGGCGCACGAGCCGGAGGAAUCCGCGGCAGAGCCGGUGGCGACCGCAUCCAAUGGAACCGCCGUCGGCGACUGCAACGGCGGCAACAAGAGGAAGGCGGCGACCAUGGAGCAGCAGCAGGAGGAGGAGGAGGGGCUGACCGUGACGGUGACGACGCCGGAGAGCACCAAGCCGAGGCUGUCGACGAGCAUCCUGGCGGUGGAGACCUGA